AUGUGGCUGCGGCUUGGCCCGCCCUCGCUGUCCCUGAGCCCCAAGUCCACGAUUGGCCGGAGCCUGUGCCUCACCCUGUGGUUCCUCAGCUUGGUGCUGAGGGCCAGUACCCAGGCCCCAGCACCCACAGUCAAUACUCACUUUGGGAAGCUAAGGGGUGCCCGGGUGCCACUGCCCAGUGAGAUCCUGGGGCCUGUGGACCAGUACCUGGGGGUGCCCUAUGCAGCUCCCCCCAUCGGCGAAAAACGUUUCCUGCCCCCUGAGCCACCCCCAUCCUGGUCGGGCAUCCGGAACGCCACACACUUUCCCCCAGUGUGCCCCCAGAACAUCCACACGGCCGUGCCCGAAGUCAUGCUGCCCGUCUGGUUCACUGCCAACUUGGAUAUUGUCGCUACUUACAUCCAGGAGCCCAACGAAGACUGCCUCUACCUGAAUGUCUAUGUGCCCACGGAGGAUGUAAAGCGGAUUUCCAAGGAAUGCGCCCGAAAGCCCAACAAGAAAAUUUGUAGGAAAGGAGGAUCCGGCGCUAAGAAACAGGGCGAGGACUUAGCGGAUAAUGACGGGGAUGAAGAUGAAGACAUCCGGGACAGUGGCGCUAAGCCUGUCAUGGUCUACAUCCAUGGAGGUUCAUACAUGGAAGGGACAGGCAACAUGAUUGACGGCAGUGUCCUCGCCAGCUAUGGCAACGUCAUCGUCAUCACCCUCAACUAUCGGGUUGGGGUGCUAGGUUUCCUGAGCACUGGCGAUCAGGCUGCCAAGGGCAACUAUGGGCUCCUUGACCAAAUCCAGGCCCUCCGCUGGGUGAGCGAGAACAUUGCCUUCUUUGGUGGCGAUCCCCGCCGUAUUACCGUCUUCGGCUCGGGCAUUGGUGCGUCCUGUGUCAGCCUCCUCACGCUGUCGCAUCACUCUGAGGGGCUUUUCCAGAGGGCCAUCAUCCAAAGUGGUUCUGCCCUGUCCAGCUGGGCCGUGAACUACCAGCCGGUGAAGUACACCAGCCUGCUGGCGGACAAGGUAGGCUGUAAUGUGCUAGACACGGUGGACAUGGUGGAUUGUCUUCGUCAAAAGAGUGCCAAGGAGCUGGUAGAGCAGGACAUCCAGCCAGCCCGCUACCAUGUGGCCUUUGGCCCUGUGAUUGAUGGCGACGUCAUUCCUGAUGACCCUGAGAUUCUCAUGGAGCAGGGCGAGUUCCUCAACUAUGACAUCAUGCUAGGUGUCAACCAGGGCGAGGGGCUCAAGUUUGUGGAAGGGGUGGUGGACCCUGAGGAUGGCGUCUCAGGCACUGAUUUUGACUACUCAGUCUCUAACUUUGUGGACAAUCUGUAUGGCUAUCCUGAGGGCAAGGACACCCUGCGGGAGACCAUCAAGUUCAUGUACACAGACUGGGCAGACCGUGACAAUCCGGAGACCCGCCGCAAAACACUGGUGGCGCUCUUCACUGACCACCAAUGGGUGGAGCCCUCGGUGGUGACCGCUGAUCUGCACGCCCGCUAUGGGUCACCUACAUACUUCUACGCCUUCUACCACCACUGCCAGAGCCUCAUGAAGCCUGCUUGGUCAGAUGCAGCUCAUGGGGACGAAGUACCCUACGUUUUUGGUGUCCCUAUGGUAGGCCCCACCGACCUCUUCCCCUGCAAUUUCUCCAAGAAUGACGUCAUGCUCAGUGCUGUCGUCAUGACCUACUGGACCAACUUUGCCAAGACCGGGGAUCCCAACAAGCCGGUCCCCCAGGACACCAAGUUCAUUCACACCAAGGCCAACCGCUUUGAGGAAGUGGCCUGGUCCAAAUACAAUCCCCGAGACCAGCUCUACCUUCACAUCGGGCUGAAACCAAGGGUCCGCGAUCAUUACCGGGCCACCAAGGUGGCCUUCUGGAAACACCUGGUGCCCCACCUAUACAACCUGCAUGACAUGUUCCACUAUACGUCCACAACCACCAAAGUGCCGCCCCCGGAUACCACCCACAGCUCCCACAUCACCCGCAGGCCCAACGGCAAGACCUGGAGCACCAAGCGGCCAGCCAUCUCCCCUGCCUACAGCAAUGAGAAUGCCCAGGGUUCCUGGAACGGGGACCAGGAUGCAGGGCCCCUCCUGGUGGAGAACCCUCGUGACUACUCCACCGAGUUAAGUGUCACCAUCGCCGUGGGGGCCUCCCUCCUGUUCCUUAACGUUCUAGCCUUCGCUGCCCUCUACUACCGCAAGGACAAACGGCGUCAGGAGCCCCUGCGGCAGCCCAGCCCUCAGAGGGGUGCUGGGGCCCCUGAAUUGGGAGCUGCUCCUGAGGAGGAGCUGGCAGCUUUACAGCUGGGCCCUACCCACCACGAAUGUGAGGCUGGUCCCCCCCACGACACACUGCGCCUCACUGCACUGCCUGACUACACACUGACCCUGCGUCGUUCUCCUGACGACAUCCCACUCAUGACACCCAACACCAUCACUAUGAUUCCCAACUCCCUGGUAGGGCUGCAGACAUUGCACCCCUACAACACCUUUGCCGCAGGGUUCAACAGUACUGGGCUGCCCCACUCACACUCCACUACCCGGGUAUAG